AUGUCUCAAAGGCUCCCUCCCAUCCCUGACGGUCAAGGCUGGAAUUACUCCCUCCUCCUCUCCCCCCCUCCCCCUCAUGACUCUCUUCCCUCCUCCCCUCCUCCCCUCCCCGUACCUGAUGCUCUCACGCCCCAGCCCGUCCCCGUCGCCCCCCCUCCUGCCCUCGCCCCCCCUCCUGCCCCCGCCCCCCGCCCCCACAGAGCUCCCUCCGUCCACUGGACCAAGGACGAGCACCAGCGCUUCCUCCUCGCCCUCGACCAGGUCUGUCCGGGGCGACGAGACGGCAGCAGCUCCGAGACAGGCAGGCCUUCCGUGGGGCUGGGGCGAGGAGUGGCGAAGCGCAUAGCCGCCAUCAUGCAGACCAAGACGGAGUCGCAGGUGCGGUCGCACGCCCAGAAGUACUUCAUGAAGAAGCCCGACAAGGACCUCAGCGACUCCUCCCAGUCGCUCGACGACAGCGACUCGAUGCCCCAGCUGCCUCCCAGCUCCCACCUCUCGGCCCAGCCCUCGUCUGAGACGACGUCAGACACGACAACAUGGUCGGCGGGCGACGACCCGGGCUGA